UCCGCCCACAUCCGCUGGCAGGGUCCUAAAUGGGGCGUCACGCAGUCUGGGCUUCAGUGUGGGCGUCUGCGAAAUGGAUGUAGCCGUGCGAGAACCCUGUGAGGACUCUGCAGACAAUGAACUGGAGGAAGAAGAGACUGUCGAAGAGGAGGAAAAAGCAAAGGCAACCGCUGAGGAUUUUGCAGAGGCCGCCGAGGCCGAGAAGGGCUCAUCUGCUGACUCGGACUCGGACCUGGAGACCGAAGGCAUCUCCGACACCCAUGGACUUGGAGAAGUGGUCAAGGAUACCCUCUACCUGGGGUUUUGCAAAGCCUUAAAUGUGGUCCCUGCCUCCUGCUUUCUGCGCCAAGAAAAUGCCCCAGAGUUGAGCCUGCAACACCGUGGCCUGGGGCCCCAGGGGGCUCGGGCUCUGGCUUCCACGUUGACCUACAAUUCCUACAUCAAGCGACUGGAUCUUCGGGACAAUGGACUCUGUGGGGCAGGUGCAGAGGCCCUGGCAGAUGUCCUGAGCAAAAACAGCAGCAUCUCUGAUGUGGACCUGUCGGAGAACCAACUUGGAGCACCAGGCAUCCAGGUCCUCUGUGCUGCCCUCGCAGUGAACCAGGUAGUGCAGAAGAUGCAGCUGGCAGGGAAUGGCCUGGACGAGCAGGCAGCCAAGUACCUUGCUGAUCUCUUGCUGGUCCAUACGGGUCUGAAAUCCCUGGAUCUCAGCUAUAACCAGCUAAAUGACCAAGCAGGAGAGACCCUUGGACCAGCACUGGCAGAAAACACAGGACUCACAGAACUUAACAUGAGCUGGAAUCACCUCCGAGGCCUAGGAGCUAUAGCAUUUGCCAGGGGAUUGGAGGUAAACAUCUUCCUGAAAGUCCUGGACAUCUCUUACAAUGGCUUUGGAGACCUCGGAGCUUCAGCUGUGGCUGAGGCCCUGAAGGCCAACAAUGUAUUGGAAGAACUCAACAUGAGCAAUAACCGCAUCUCUGCAGCAGGAGCACUGAGCCUGGGGCUGGGCCUCCGGGGCAACCAGACACUGAGGAUUCUCGUUGUAUCCAGGAAUCCUAUGCAAAGUGAAGGCUGCUUUGGUCUCCUCAAAUCUGUCCAGGACAGCCCAGCAUCUGGCCUAGAACUGCUGGAUAUCUCUGAUAUCGAGGUAAACAGAAAGUUUGACGACCUUGCUAGCUCAGUGAAGGUGAUUCUCCCAGGGCUGUGCAUAAAGAGGGGUGCUCACAGAGUGGAGUACAAAAGAGUUGUUGCCAAUCUUCAGACAGUACCCUCCAGCAUCUGCACCUAAAUGACCUCAGACUUGCUUCUUCAUUUCCUCCAGUAAGUUUCGCCUUCCAUGUGGGGCCAUUUAAUUCACAGCAUACGUGUCUUCCUCUGGCUCUUGCAGUAAUCUACACUUUUAUUUGCUACCACUUAUUCACAUAAUACAAACCCUACUCAGCAGUCUGGAUGCAAGGUCAAAGAUGUCUCCAUCUUUCCAAUGCUCAUGGUCUGGUGAUAUUCAUAGACAAAAUAUAAGGAGCUGUAUACUUGGCAUCCCCAAACUCUAACUGUAAGGAUGAAAAUUGUCACAACUGUCUUUGAGGGUAAUUUAUUACUAUGACUGAGCCCUAGAACUACCUGUGCCCUUUGGUCCAAUCCUUUGAUUAAGCUGUUGUACAGAAAUAAUCAGAGAUUCAUAAAAAGAGUCAUGCCUGAAAAUGUGCCCUGGAAAAUGCUGUUUAUAACUAUGAAAACUGAAAGUAAUUGUAAAUGUUCAAAAACUAAGGUUUGGGGGCUGGGAAUAUAACUCAGUGGCACAAGCGCCUGCCUGGCAAGCACAAGGUCCUGAGUUCAAUUCCCAGUAGCAAAAGAAAUCCUUCCAAAAACUUGAAUUCUGCCAAUAUUUUUUGGUUUGGUUUGGAGACAAGGUCUUACUAUGUAGUUCAUGCUGACUUUGAACUCACUAUGUA